AUGCCGCUCGACGAAAACGAACCUUUGGCACCGCCCUUGCUCGCCGCAUCGUUCUCCUGCAGGCGCGCAAUCAGGUCGGCCUUGUUGCCGUUCACCGUCAGGCCGCGCUCACUCAGCAGCUUCUUCAGCUCGGGCACCUUGAGAGAGGAAUAG